ACUUACACUAUCGCUUUUCUAUUUCCUAUUUUGAAGAAUUCCGCCAGGAUAAUUCGUACUUCUGUUUUCGGUAUGGAUUCCAAUAACAAAAUCAGAGACAGUUUUGUCUUUCCUCAGAACAAUUUGGCUAUUACUAGCAUAGAUGUACAAUCUGUGGAGCCGGUUGAUCAACGGACUCGGGAUUCUCUGCAAAAGUCCGUCCAGCUAGCCAUCGAGAUCACGACUAACUCUCAGGAGGCAGCUGCAAAGCAUGAGGCCAACUGUCGUGAACAAGAGGCAAAGGGACGUCUUGAGCGUCAACGCAUCGAAGACGAGGUGGCUGCAGAGAAGGGUCGUCAACGUCUUCUUGAACUUCAGGUUGAGUCCGCGGCAAUGGAAAGCACCGGUCAAGCUAAGGCUGAGGCGAUGAGUCGAGCAGAAUCUUCCAUUAUCGAGGCAAAAGGAACAGUUGAAAGGGCCAAACUCAAAUCACAAGCCCUUGAGCUUGAAACGGUAGGCUACACCUUUUGUCUUCGAAGUCGCAUUCUCUACUAA